UGUUGCCUCGGUCCUGGUUAGCUGAAGCUAUUGUUCUCCGAUCUCCAUGUACAAAGGAAGGAACUUGUCAGGGAUGUCCUAUGAAAGUGGAAAGUUCUUCCCUUCCUGUGUAGGGUUUUUUUUCUGGUAGAAGAAACACGAGUGUUGCUGAGGACUCAAGUCUUCUUAAACUGGAUUCCAAAGAUUGAAAAAGAACAGCACCCAAAUGCUACAGAGACAUACAGGUUAGCUCUGAGCACUUUCUCCAGAAUGAACACCACCAGCAGCAGCAGCUCUUCGGAUGAGUUUUUCCAGGCCACAGACCAUGCAGAACAGACUUUCAGGAAGAUGGAGACGUACCUCCAGCACAAGCAGCUCUGUGAUGUCCUCCUGAUAGCCGGAGAACACAAGAUCCCAGCUCACAGACUGGUGCUGAGUGCUGUGUCCGAUUACUUCGCCGCUAUGUUUACCAGCGACGUCAGGGAGGCCAAACAGGAGGAGAUCAAAAUGGAGGGCGUGGACCCCGAGGCACUGCGCUCAUUGGUCCAGUUUGCUUAUAGUGGUGUCCUUGAGCUCAAAGAGGAGACCAUCGAGAGUUUAUUGGCAGCGGCGUGCCUCCUCCAGCUUUCACAGGUCAUUCAGGUUUGCUGCAACUUCCUGAUGAAACAGCUCCAUCCCUCAAACUGCCUGGGUAUCCGCUCAUUUGCUGACGCCCAGGGCUGCACAGACCUGCUCAGCGUGGCUCAUAACUACACCAUGGAACACUUCCUGGAGGUCAUUCAGAACCAGGAGUUUCUGCUGCUCCCCACGGUGGAGAUAGUGAAGCUACUCUCCAGUGAUGACAUCAACGUGCCCGAUGAAGAGACCAUCUUCCAGGCGCUCAUGCUGUGGGUGCGCUAUGACGUGCAGCACAGACAGAGGGACCUCGGGGUGCUGCUCUCCCACAUCCGUCUCCCUCUGCUCCCACCACAACUUCUGGCAGAUCUUGAAAACAACAAAAUGUUCUCAGAUGAUCUUGAAUGUCAAAAACUACUGAUGGAGGCCAUGAAGUAUCAUCUUCUACCUGAGCGCCGGCCCAUGUUCCAGAGUCCGAGGACCAAGCCCAGGAAGUCCACUGUGGGUGCACUUUACGCCGUAGGAGGGAUGGACGCUACAAAGGGUUUCACAACUAUUGAGAAAUACGACUUGAGAACCAACACGUGGGUCCAGGUCGGGGUUAUGAACGGGCGUCGGCUUCAGUUUGGAGUGGCCGUCAUUGAGAAUAAACUGUACGUAGUCGGAGGGAGAGACGGGCUAAAGACUACAAAUAUGGUGGAGUGCUACAAUCCAAUCAGCAAAGUGUGGUCCACGAUGCCUCCCAUGUCCACGCACAGACACGGACUUGGUAUCGCUGUGCUCGAAGGCCCCAUGUACGCGGUGGGCGGCCACGAUGGCUGGAGCUACCUGAACACAGUGGAACGCUGGGAUCCUCAGGCCCGACAGUGGAAUUAUGUGGCGAGCAUGUCCACGCCCCGCAGCACCAUGGGAGUAACGGCGCUCAACGGAAAAUUGUUUGCUGUCGGAGGCAGGGACGGCAGCUCUUGUCUAAGAUCCAUGGAGUGCUUUGACCCCCACACCAACAAGUGGAGCAUGUGCGCACCCAUGACCAAGAGGCGAGGGGGCGUGGGCGUGGCAACGUACAACAACUUCCUAUACGCCGUGGGAGGACACGAUGCCCCGGCCUCCAACCACUGCUCUAGGCUGUCUGACUGUGUGGAGAGGUACGAUCCAAAGACAGACACAUGGACCACUGUGUCUCCUCUGAGCGUGCCCCGUGACGCUGUGGGGGUGUGUUUACUGGGAGACAGGCUGUACGCUGUGGGUGGAUAUGACGGACAGUGCUAUCUGAACACUGUGGAGUCCUAUGAUGCACAGAACAACGAGUGGACCGAGGAGGUCCCUCUCAACAUUGGCCGGGCGGGCGCCUGCGUUGUGGUGGUGAAAUUGCCUUGAGCGCUUUGUCUCAUGACGGCGAGCAAAACAAGCAGCAAGACGAGUGGACAAACAAAGCAACAGAUCAAGGACACAUCCUUUGAGAAUCAUUGUUUCAUUUUUCCUCCUGCUUUAACUCUGCUCUCCAGAUUUUUCAGAGCCGGGCACACACAGAGUCUUGCCUAUAAACCAUUGUCUCCAUCAUUAGCGCUCUGUCUGCCCACUGGGGAACACUUGCCCAGAGACUGGAAUAAGCUGCACAUUCUCGGCAUUCUCAACCGAUCAAGAAUGUUUUUUUUUUUUGUGUUUUUCUUUUUUUUUACAGAGUUGGCAAAGCUGUAGCGUACUAGUGCCAAACCCUUGUUCUGCCGGGUUGUUUUAUGAAAAGUUUUGUAAAUGUCGUCAGAUUUGAGUUUUGAAGCUUCAUUUUUAUAAGAGAACGAGGUUGUUGAACUUUAUAACACGUGUUUUACUAUGACUGACAUCACAUUUUAUCUAUUUACUGCACUUAUAGCUAUUCAUGGUGUCAAUACUACUGUUUUCAAGCUAAUAUAUCUGAAAAUGUAAACUGAAAGGGGAACUAUAAAGAUGUAUGAAGCAAUUUUAUAAGCUUGUUAAGCUGCAGAACACCAAAGUCUCUUACUGUCUUCUUACACAUAGAAUACAAGUUUACACGUGUGUAUUAACUAUGGAAAUAUAUCAUAUUGAUAUUUCACUUUGCUGUACAAAUGUCUUGUGGACUUCUGAAAAUGGCUGUAUGUUAUGUUAUUUUAUGUUACACAAUGACACCUGACCCAGGUCACCAUGGCAACUGUUGUUCUCUCUGCGUUAUUUCUGGGCAUGUUUUUAACCAGCAACACUUACACUUAAUUACAGUAAGAUUCAUUAAAAGAUGCAUCAAUGUCACUUUUAUGUCACAAACCAAAACAGUGUGUCACAUGACAGUGUGUCACAUGACAGUGUGUCACAUGACAGUGCGUCACAUGACAGUGUGUGCUAUGUAUUAAACUCACAUCAGAAUGUUUCAGAGUUCAGUUCAGAAAUGACACAUUUAGAUUCACUGUUUUUUUUUUUUUUUUUUUUUUUUUUAAUUUAUGAGAUACAGAUUUUUCUUCAUCUUUAUUUGAGCAAUAUUCCUCUUCUUUCAAUGAGUCUUCCUUUUGCACAGAUGCCCUUCCUCCACUUGUCCAGGCUGCAUGAAGAGCACCUGUGCCUCUCUGCUGCAGCAUCAUGUCUGUUUCUGUCUCACACUUGCACUCCUCAAAUCAAUCUGUCACAAUAUUCUGAUAUGUUGUCAAAAACAUCAAAUGUACGUUUGUAGUUACUCACUCAAACACUACUAACUCCAACCUUUCUGAGACAAAUGUUAAUUUCUAUGUUUUUACCAUUUUACCAAUUUUGUACAGCAUGGAAAUAAAGCGACAAGUGUCUUUUGUGCAUGUUCAAA